GGGCUCCUCCUCUUGGAGCGAGAGACUGUUUCAGCAUGCACACAUUGUGAGAGUUGAACUUGUGGCCACAUUUCUCCACACAGAGCGACACAGUAAGAUUGAACGUCAUCUCCCAUUUCUUCCUCCUCCUCUUCGUCGUCUUGUUGUUGACACGGGCUGUCAUUGCACACUGGAUAUAUCUCGGAGAGCAACACCUGGUUGAUUAUCUUAAGGUUUGAGUCGCCGUGAUGGACGAGCAGUCCCAUGGCAGUCCCCAGCAUGGCGGCUUGAAAACCGCCGUGGAGGCCCACCAGGGUGUCAUCAGAUGCGGCUGGCUCAGGAAGCAAGGUGGUUUCGUCAAGACGUGGCACAGCCGCUGGUUUGUUCUGCGAGGGGACCAACUCCUCUAUUACAAGGACGAAGAAGAGAGCAAAUCUCUGGGAGCCAUUUUCCUACCUGGCAACAAAGUCAUAGAGCAUCCAAGCAACGGUGAUGAAGCGGGAAAAUAUCUCUUUGAGGUCAUUCCAGGGGGAGACAGAGAGCGGAUGACAACCAACCAUGAGACCUACCUCCUUAUGGCCAGCACCCAGAAUGACAUGGAGGAUUGGGUGAAGACCAUCCGCAGGGUCAUAUGGGCGCCUUUUGGUGGAGGUAUCUUUGGUCAGAAACUGGAGGAGACCGUACGGUACGAGCGUCGCUACGGCAACAAGAUGGCGCCCAUGCUGGUGGAGCAGUGCGCGGACUUCAUUCGGCAGCGGGGGCUUCGCGAGGAGGGUCUCUUCAGACUCCCCGGGCAGGCCAACCUGGUCAAAGAGCUGCAGGAGGCCUUUGACUGCGGAGAGAAGCCCCUCUUUGACUGUAACACGGACGUACACACGGUAGCGUCGCUGCUCAAGCUCUAUCUCCGAGAACUCCCCGAACCCGUCGUCCCUUUUCAUAAGUACGACGACUUCCUGGCCUGCACCAAGCUACUCGGCGGCAUGGAGGACGACACGGGUAUGAAGGAGCUGAGAAAGCUGGUGGAUGGUUUGCCUCCUGUCAACUAUAACCUUCUCAAAUACAUCUGCAGAUUUCUUGAUGAAGUCCAAUCAUAUUCCGGAGUGAAUAAAAUGAGCGUGCAGAACUUGGCCACAGUGUUUGGACCAAACAUCCUCUGGCCAAAAUUCAAGGAUCCGGUUGCCAUCAUGGAAGGAACCGUUCUGGUCCAGCAGCUCAUGGCGGUUUUGAUCGGCCGUCACGACACGCUUUUCCCUUGCGACGUUGAUUGGCCCGCCGGCCCGCCGGAGCUCGCCAACAACAACAACGCGGAGUUGCCGAGGCGACCCACGGCCCAGGCGGUGGUGGCUCAGAACGUGGAAAACAACAACAUGCAGGCGGCGCACCAGUGCGUCUGGGAGGCGGCGCUCGACUCUCCUUGCCGGCACGAGGACGAGCGAGGCUCCCCGCGCUCCGCCAGCCCUCGGAACAUUCCGGGAUGCUUCGACAACAACCGCAGCCCGCCGCUCACUAUUAAAAAGAACCCCGCGUUCAGUAAAGGGAGCGGCAUCGUCACUAAUGGAUCUUUCAGCUCCUCGCCGCCCUCUUCGGAUCCAAUUCUGGACAAGUGUCAGACUUUGAUGAGCGGCGGGAGCUUACCAGGGCGGCGCAACGGGACGCUGAAAGGCUCGGGCACAAAAAUGGGCACCGGCGGCGUUACGGGGGGCGGGAACGCCAACGGGGUUCUCCGCAUGGGAGUCUCUGGCCCAGACGCCGUCUCGGCAGUUCUGAACGGCCGCGGUGGUCUUUGGUUACCGAACGGUUGCGUCACGUUGAGGGAGGCAAGCAAAGGCCCACGCGACUGCCCCAACGGGGAUCAAACGUGUAACCAGAACCGUUUAUCCACGUACGACAAUGUGCACCUGAACCAUCAGAACCUCCAACUGCACAACCACGUGGCCCACGUGGCGUGUCUUAGCAGCAGCUGCGAGGACAAGCAGAGCGUGGACAGCGCCACCUGGUCCACGUCCUCCUGCGAGAUCUCCCUGCCGGAAAACUCCACCUCUUGUCGCUCUUCCACCACCACCUGCCCCGAGCAGGACUUCUACACCUGCCAUUACCAGGAUAUGGACGGCCCCGAUCGGGAUGGCGGUGGCGGCGGGGAGUCGGGUGGGGACGACGGCAGGGAUAGCGGCAGGGAGGCCUCGGGAGUGGACGGCGCGGUGAGGAACGGCAGCGAGCCCAGCAGCAAGUACAGCGGAGGAGGAGGAUCGGGAGGUCACAGCGCACUCCAUAGCCUGGUGGCCAGUCUCAAGCAGGAGAUGCUCAAGCAGAAGUCCGACUAUGAGGCCAGGAUAAAGAGCUUGGAGCAGCGCAACCUGGACCUGGAGUCGGAGAUGGUGAGCCUGCACGAAGAACUGGACCAGGAGCGUAAGAAGUACACCAUGGCGGAAAUCAAGCUUCGCAACGCCGAGCGCGCCAAGGAUGACGCCGAACGCCGCAAUCACAUGCUGCAGAAGGAGAUGGAGCAGUUCUUCUCCACUUUCAGCGACCUCACCGCCACCAGUGGCAACUCUGCCUCCGCUGCCGCCACCGUCGACCCCCGCCGGCCCGAUCGCAGCAACCCCAUCUGGAUACAGUGAAGGUGGGUGGGGCUAAAGACUACAGAGUUUAUUGUGACGGUACCGAACGGGAUCUAGCGAGGAACUAGUGGAGAGGAACUUCCAGGAGUCUUCGCUUCCGUUUGCAUAUCUAAAUGAUGACGUCGCCCGGGGUGACGUCUGGGUGAGACUAAAUGUAAAUAAAACGCUAUUUAAAUAUUCUCAAAGGCUACGUGACACGAUACGUACAAAACCAUUGGUCCUCAGUUCUUGCUGUCUCUUUUCUUCUGCUCGUGUACAUAAAGCAAAAAGUAGGAGGAAUGCACGUUUUGUGUAUAAAGAAAAACAAAUACGCUAUUUAAAUGUACGUAUGUAAAUGUUCACACUGUAUACACGCUUGCACUUACUUCCUCGUGCUUGUCCAUGUGCGUCGGGUUCUUGACCAAAAAAAAAAAACACAAACAACAGCGAGUGUGUAGCAAUGUUAUGCGAAAUUAUUUUGCGAAAAACCAAAUACGGUACAGUUGUUUGAAACCUGCUGCUGCUGGUCAUUGCAGGUGCAAAAGAUAUGUACCGAUGCUAGGGUGCUACAUGUUAGCAUUUCUAUGAAUUGUACAUACUGUAUUUCCCUUCCACCUAAGAGGAAUAACCCCAAAAGGAAUAAUAACCUCACUGAAAUAAUCCCAUUUCAACCCUGUUGAUAACCAAAACAGCAGCACCUAUCACCGCAUGUCAAAUGUCAUCUUUGUGCAUCUCCCUCACCGGAAGACUUUUUUAUUUUAAUUGUGAGGCAAAAGACUGGGACUUCUGUGGAACGAUCCACACAAGAUACUUGAUACUUAAAGAAGUGAUUAUACAAAUGAUAAUAAAAUGAUGAAUAAAUGAUGAAUAAAAAUGCAUUGAACAAAUGGAAA